UACACAGAAUGGAAGGCUGGAGCUAAAAAUCUUAAAACCCAACUAGGGGAUCAGUCCAUUUUGCUUUGAAUUGAAACUGACACAGUGAAAGCAAUCCUGUUGGCCAUGUCUCUAAUAAUUGCACCGGCCGGGGGAAAAGGAAGCAACUUGUUGAGAAUUUCUACUUGCAGCUAAGCCCAAGAGCACCAGUCUACUCAAGCCUUCUUCCAAAUUGCAUCUGAGCUCUCUGAAGACAAAGAUGGAUACUAUAACUACAACGACUUUUCUUACAUCCAACGCGGGCCAAGAGGGUGCUGCGCUAUUACCAACUGCCAAGGAACCUGUUGCAGCGCCAAUUUUGAACAUUACUUCUCUGAAUGCGACGAAUUGCAGCGUACCGGUUCGAGUAGAAUGGCUCGUCAGAACGGAAAUUGGCGUCCUCGGUGCUGUGUUUUUUAUGGCCAUAUUUGGGAAUGUGUGCGUUCUGGUGGCGCUGUACCUGUACAAGAAGAAACUCUCUCGCAUGCAUUACUUUAUCAUGCAUCUGAGUAUUUCUGAUCUCUUGGUGGCCGUGUGGAACAUACUGCCCCAAUUGGCGACGGACAUUACAUUCAGGUUCCAAGUCAGUAAUGACGGCCUUUGUCGAAUUGUCAAGUACUUUCAAGUGUUUGUGCUAUAUUUGUCGUGUUACGUCUUGGUGAUGACAGGGGUGGACAGAUACUACGCCAUUUGCCAUCCUCUGUCGAACUACGCUUGGAGCACAAGAAAGGUUAACACUAUGAUAGGCAUUGCGUGGGGACUGGCGGCUUUAGUCAGUGCUCCACAAUUAGCCCUGUUCAGUUAUAGGGAGGUCUCCCCGUAUGGUUGUGGAAUAUACGACUGUACUCACAUCUACGAAUUUCUCCCACCAUGGGUGCUAAAGGCGUACAUAACCACAUUUGCCAUUCUACUCUUUUUUAUCCCCUUGGUUAUUCUGAUAUUUGUAUACGGACGUAUUUGCUGGGAGGUAUGGGGCAACCCUUCAGGAAGACUCAGCACCGGCAGCAGGAACUCUGGCACUGCAGCUGUGACAUUUAAUUGUCCUUCUUCGAUUCCUUCGGGGAAUGAGGAUGAUGAUACAACCACCCCUAGAGCACACGGCAGAACGAGGCUAUCUCGGGCCAAGGUCAAAACGAUUAAAUUAACUUUUACCAUUAUCAUCGCCUAUGUUGCCUGCUGGACACCAUUUUUUGUAAUUCAGUUAUGGUGGUUGUAUGAUGAAACAGCGCCUGAGGGAGAUGCUGCUUUCGUGGUAAUCAUCCUAUUAGCUAGCUUGAACAGCUGCUGCAAUCCAUGGAUUUAUUUGAUAUUUAAUAGUAAUCUUAUUCGACAAAUCCUGCCUUGUCCGUCGAAAAGCUCCCAGCGCGCGAGCUCUCACAACUGCAACCGAACCGCCGCUGACGCGGGCUUUCACCCGCUGCCUACUUCAAGUUACGGGCAGUCUUCUCGGAGGACUCGCUUCGACAGUCGGUCGUCCAGUCUCACUUCAAUGUCAGUGCUGACAAAGACCAAAGUCGUCAUGGACACGGACAUCACUGGACUUAAACUGGGGGUCGCGAAAAAAAGCUCCAACAGCGUCUCUGGGGUGUGA